AUGGCAGCCACUCCUGAUCCGGACAGCAUCGAUAGUCUUCCCCAGCAGCAGCACAGUGUCAUCUUACGGCAUCCGCAAUCACAUGACCUCAACUCUCCCGCAGGCUCCAGCAAAGGUCUACAGGUAUCCAGUCAAAUCGGGUCAUCUACCUCGUCUGGUUAUCAAAUUGCAGCUCAGAGUCAUUACUUCCGUUCCCGCCGGGUAAAGAAGGCCAAAUGGGUCACUACUUUCCCAAUCUUGGGAUUCAUCCUCGGUUUGGGCAUUACCGGAAUCCUCAUCUGGGACGGCGUGCGUACCGUUGCGGUCCACAAGUACUGUGAAGUACUCAACGAGAACUUCACGUCAUGGAACACAGAUAUAUGGACAAAAGAAGUAGAAAUGGAUGGUUAUGGCAAUGGUCAAUCUGACAUGACUACCGACACUGAUGAAAACAUCUACAUCCGAGACGGUCCAUUCGUUAUCAAUCCAACGCUUCAAGAUCAAUCCCUCAUUGACCAAAACUAUACCCUCGAUCUCCGCAGUCACGGCUGCACAAGUCAAUCUUGGACAAACUAUGUCACAACCAUCAACGCAACCAACGGCACCAUCAUCAACCCUGUCAAAUCUGGCCACAUCAACACCAAACGCGGUGCCUCCCGUCGCCAAACUCCCUGCCGGAGACUGGCUCUGGCCCGCAAUCUGGAUGCUCCCCGUUGA